GAGGUGGCAAUAGAGAGCACAGACGGCGGUUUGUUAACCAAUAUUAAAAAGGCUUUAGAAUACAACUAUAGUGUUUCCUGUUAAAAAAUAUCGAUUAACAGCAUCUGAGGUAUUGAGAAUCAAAGAACUGCAUUCCUUAACAAAUAUCAAAUAUUCAUAUGAACCAGGGUUGCGUUAAUGGAUUUAGCAAUGGUCUAGGAGGUCAUCCGUAUGACAUAUAAAGUAAAUGGAUAUACAGUGUAGGCUAUUUUGGAGUGAUUGUUAGAGGAAAUAAGCCAAUAACCAUUGGCCAAUAAUACGAUUAGACGCUCUUCGGUUAGCGAACACAAACAGUCAAACAACAUGGUUGACGUGAAGAAAGCAACGUGGAUAGACUACGUUCGAUUCAUUCUCAGUGCCCUUCUCCUCUUAUUCUCACUAGUUGUGACAUUUUAUGCAAUAGUAGAGCGCAAAACAGGGUUUUGGAAGGAAGUACCCGGAUGGGUAGCUUUAAUUUUGUUCAUUAUUGAUUUGUUUCUACUUGGAAUUGUUGAGGGAUUACAGAUUGCGUUGGUGGAGUUAAAACGACAGCAUCCUGAUUCCUACAAGAAAUCCCACCCGGCUGCUUACAGGCUUGGACAGAUUGCGGCCCAUGGUGACAAUGUCGAACGCUUUCUAAUCGGGCGACAAGUGUUCGUCGUAAUUUUGGUUUUCUUUUGCGCUAAGUUGACCACGAUUCACGCGAACACAGAUGGAGGAAAGUUUUUAUUUCCAGUUCCGUUCUGGUUCCAGGCAGCUUUCCUUGAAACGGGCCUUUUAGCGUGUAUAAUUGUUGUUACAAUAGCGCAAUUAAUGCCCCAAAUAGUGGCUGCUAAAUACCCCGUCCACUUUCUUCAGAUCGUCAUCAUGAGGCCCGCCUAUUACGCAUGCGUAUUUGUUGAAAUAACAGGUAUUGCCCAUAUAUGUUGGCUUCUGGCUGCAUUCUUUGAAUUCUGCUUCCGUUGGAAAGACGACGAAAGUACGGUCAAUCCAAAUGACAUCCUAGCUGCGGAUGAAAUCCUCAACGAAAUUGAAGGGUCAUUAAGCGAUGACACGAACGACUCUGACAAUACACCAGGAGACAGCACAUCUGUCGAUAUGGGCGAUAACGUUGAAAAACAACCUCUUGUUGGAUUACACCACAAACUUGAAACUACAAAAUACACCCACCUCGUUGAUAAGCUAAACAAUCAAGUGGAACCAGAUACUCUUCGUAUUUUGCGACACUACCUCGACAAUCACCCGGAGAAGUUUCAUAAGUUCCCCAGCAUGAUCGGGGGCAAGAUUUACCCAGCCCCCGGGAUGUUGGCGCA